GGUGGUUGGUACGGCUGCCACUUUCGCCUAGCAGAAGAGCGACACGAAGAAGGUGGAAGAUCCGUCCGGCUGACUGGCACUCAUUCUCAGUUCUCCACUCCAGCUUGCCGCGGCACAUUCUUCCAUCAACUCCCAAGGAAACAUGGCUCAACCAAUCAGGGUUGUUAUUACUGGAGCGGCUGGCCAGAUUGCCUACUCCCUGCUGUACCAGAUUGCUAAGGGUGAUGUCUUCGGCCCAAGCCAGCCCGUCAUCCUCCACCUGUUGGAUAUUCCCCCCAUGAUGGGCGUCCUUGAGGGAGUUGUCAUGGAACUGGCAGACUGCGCUCUGCCCCUCAUCCAUGGUGUUGUUCCCACUGCUGACCCUGCCGUGGCUUUCAAGGAUGUGGAGGCUGCCUUCCUGGUUGGCGCUAUGCCCAGGAAGCAGGGCAUGGAGCGCAAGGACCUGCUCUCUGCCAAUGUCACCAUCUUCAAGGUUCAGGGUCAAGCUCUGGACCAGCAUGCCAAGAAAACUGUCAAGGUUCUUGUGGUUGGAAACCCAGCCAACACCAACGCAUUAGUAUGCUCCCGUUAUGCUCCUUCCAUUCCCCGUGAAAACUUCACGGCCAUGACCCGAUUGGACCAGAACCGUGCUCAGGCCAACAUUGCUGCCAGGCUUGGUGUCAACGUUGCUGAUGUCAAGAAUGUCAUCAUUUGGGGUAACCACUCCUCCACUCAGUACCCUGAUGUGAAGCACGCCACCGUCACCAAGGGUGGCGCCUCCAAGAAUGCCUAUGAGGCUGUUGCUGAUGAGGCUUACCUUAAGGGAGAGUUCGUUUCUACGAUCCAAACCAGGGGUGCUGCAGUGAUUGCUGCCCGCAAGAUGUCCUCCGCCAUGUCUGCCGCCAAGGCUGCUGGCGAUCACAUGAAGAGCAUCUGGCAGGGAACUGCCCCUGGUGAAUGGGUGUCCAUGGGUGUUGUCUCAGACGGCUCUUAUGGAGUGCCUGCUGAUGUUGUCUACUCCUUCCCUGUAACCAUUAAGGACAAGAAGUGGACCAUUGUGCAGGGCCUGCCCAUUGACGACUUUGCGCGUAGCAAAAUGGACCUGACCGGAAAGGAGCUGCUUGAAGAGCGUGCGGAAGCUCUUGCCGUGUGCCAAGAUUGACUUGUAGCAACCCCAACUGACCGCAGCAAGCUGUAGGGCCCCAUCCAACAAAUUGCCCUCUACGACAGCAGUUGGGGACUCGGACACAUCACCACCUGCUUUUUAUAUUUUUAUGUUACUUCAAUUUUUUUUUGUACAUAUAGUUUGUAGUGUCAUGUUUGUGUGAAGGUUGAAGGACUUGCCACAUCUGUACCUAGUCAUUUAUUCUGCAAAAUACUACAUUCCAUUUUAGCUACCUGAGUUUACCGUACUUUUUAUUUGCAUUUUUGUUUGUUUUUGUGGCAUUUUAAAGCAUCUAUUUUUGUAAUUAUAUUGUAGGCAUUCUGUUUAAUGGUGUCUGGUGCCCCUUAUAUCUCUGCUGUUGAGGGUGGGUGUUUCUGUUUCCUAGAUUUAUGUUAGCAGGGAGGAAUGUCAAACUGUACAUGCAGAGUUCCAACCCUUGCCUCCCCUUAUGUGUGAGAACAAUAAUUUCAGAGUUCAAAAUUUUAAUGUAUUUAAAUACAUGUUGUGUAAUAAAAGAUAUCUGGUCCCUGUUCA